AUGGAUGACCCUGCUGCGGAAGACGAUGAGAGGACGAUCGAGCUCGCUUCCAUCGCGGCCAUCUACCCAGAACUUAUUGUCGAUGCUCAAGACCCAUAUACUGCAACCCUUGAACUCUCGGUGACCCCGGUUAUACCUCUACGCAUUCUUUUCGCGCCUGCGACGGACGGGGUGCCACCCGCACUACCCAAGCCACCAUCUUCCACCGAACAGAAUGGGGUUAAUGUGAAUAUCGAUUCACAAGUGCAAGUGCAGCAGCCGGCUCUGCUCGAUGCCCACGAACUCUCCCAUCUCCCGCCUGUCGCCCUCCGGAUUACCCUACCCGAAGGUUACCCUGCCGUCAAACCUCCAGUAAUCUCAAUAUCUGUCACCCCUCCCUGGCUGUCAAGUUCCGUGCUCAAUAGGUUAAGGGAGGACUGUGCUAGGCUGUGGGAAGAGCUUGGGCACGACCAGGUGGUCUACACAUAUAUUGAUCAUGUUCAACAAGAGGCAGAACAAGCCUUCGGGCUGGCAAGAGAGGCCGACGUGCAAGUUCCCAGCGACCUGAAACUGGCAUUGCUCGAUUUUGACCUGAAGACGAAGCAAGAGAUAUUCGAGAAAGAGACUUUCGAUUGCGGAAUCUGUUUGGAGCCAAAGAAGGGUAGCAACUGCCACAGACUCUUGCAGUGCGGGCAUGUGUUUUGUGUGGCUUGCUUACAGGACUUUUACAAGAGCUGCAUCACAGAAGGUGAUGUCGAUAAUGUCAAAUGCUUGUCGCCGACUUGCGGCGACGCUGAUUCCCGGAGAAUCGGGGCAGAUGGGCGGCUGCUGAGGAGACGGAAACAAGAUCGGACACUCAAUCCGAGUGAACUACUGCAGAUUCCCAUCGAACAAGAGUUGGUGCAAAGAUACGUGCGCCUCAAACGGAAGAAGCGACUCGAGGCGGACAAGAAUACCAUCUACUGCCCUCGGCAAUGGUGUCAAGGGGCAGCACGGUCCAAGAAGCAUCCCAAACCUGUUGAUCUCAUGGGCGACAUGGUUGACGAGAGUUCGGAGUCCGAGUUGGAUGGAGACGCACCCCAGGUUCCUCCCGACAAGAAGACAAAGAAGGCCGACCUGGAAUUUCUUCCCAUGUCCGAGCGUCUCGCCGUCUGUGAGGACUGCGACUUUGCGUUCUGCUGCGUCUGCCGCAAAGGCUGGCACGGCGAACUUGCCCGGUGCAGCCCGCGACGUCAACAGGAACUCAACGAGGAAGAAGCCGCUUCGCUGGCUUACAUGCAGAAGUACUCUACAGGGUGUCCCACUUGCAACGCCCCCUGCCAGAAGGCCAUGGGUUGUAACCACAUGAUCUGCUUCAAGUGCAAGACUCAUUUCUGCUAUCUCUGUUCGUCAUACCUGAUGCCCGACAAUCCAUACCGACAUUUCAACGACGAAAAGAGCCCAUGCUACAUGCGGCUUUGGGUCCUCGAAGCAGGUGAUGGCGAAGGAGUUGAUCCCCAGGGGGCCCACAAUAACUUGGAACUCCCUGACUGGGAGGCAGAGGUCGAUUCGGAUGCCGACUCAGAUGACGAUGACCUUCCACCCGAGAAUUUCAAUGCGUUUCGAGGCCAUCGCCCCUUUGCGGACGAGGGAUCUUCCGAUGACGAAGAGCCAGCCCCGGGCCAGCGACGGAACAGAAACAUGCGUAUCGAGAUCGUGAACUUUGCGCGUCCUGGUGCUCAGAUUCCCCAGUGGAUAGAGCUUCCGGAACAGCCCAGAGCCGCUGCACCUGCACCCCAGGCUGUGCCAAACCCACCCCGAGCGAGACGAAGAGGAGGCGGGGGCCAGCAAGGAAACCGCCAGCGAAAUAUGAUUAACGAGCCCGCACGCGCGGUGAGAGGAGGCCAUGCCCAGGCCCAUGGGCAUGAUCAGGCUCGGGCUCGGGCUCGGCACCAAGCACCUAACAACGCUCUCCGUGCAGGCGAUGGGCAAUUUGAUCAGCGUCCUCCUCCACAGCCCGACGGAGCUGCUCCCAUCCUACCCUUAGCUGCGCCGGGCCAAGGCAACCACCCGGGGGCGCGCGGCGGAGGCCAGCAGCCCGGACCUGUGCGAGCCAUGGGCCUCGAGCGGUUCCUCCAACUUGCAAUCCAGGAUCAGGAGGAUGAAUGGGACAGCGACGAGCUUGAUGAUGAGUUCGAUUUGGUCGCUGUUCAGGAGCUGAGGCGAAGGGGUUAG